UGGAGGCUGAACACAGAGUUUGAACGGGAUAUUUAGAUUUCUUUAAACAUAGACUGUUGUUCUUCUUCUGAAUUAAAGCAACGCGCCUGACAAGAAGUAAAUCAGCUGGACAAACAGAGGACCUUUAACGUCUGAAGAUGGGCAGUGGAGCCAGUUCUGAGAGCAAGGAGCUGGCCAGGAGAUCCAGAGAACUAGAAAAGAAACUCCAGGCAGAUGCAGAGAGGGAAGCCAGGACUGUCAAACUGCUACUGCUGGGUGCUGGAGAGUCAGGAAAGAGCACUAUUGUAAAGCAAAUGAAGAUCAUCCAUAAACAUGGUUUCACCCAUGAGGAACGCAUGGAGUUCAGACCUGUCGUUUACAGUAACACGGUGCAGUCUAUCCUGACUAUUGUGAAAGCAAUGACCAAGUUAGGAAUCAGUUAUGAAAACCCAGCUAGACUUGAAGAUGAAAGGAAGCUGUGUACCAUGGCAACAACUCUGGAGGAUGGUGACAUGUCUUCUGAGUUGGUUGAACUCAUCAGACAACUGUGGAGUGAUGGUGGGAUCCAGGCCUGCUUCGCAAGGGCUGCGGAGUACCAGCUCAAUGACUCGGCAGCCUAUUACCUCAACGACUUGGACAGGUUAGCAAUGCCAGACUAUGUGCCUAGUGAGCAAGAUGUUUUGCACUCCCGAGUGAAAACAACUGGGAUUAUAGAGACUCAGUUUUCUUUCAAGGAUUUGAACUUCAGGAUGUUUGAUGUGGGUGGACAACGAUCGGAGAGAAAAAAGUGGAUUCAUUGCUUUGAGGGAGUUACUUGCAUCAUAUUCUGCGCUGCACUCAGUGCCUAUGACAUGGUUCUGGUGGAAGAUAAAGAAGUGAACAGAAUGCAUGAGAGUCUUCAGCUGUUCAACAGCAUCUGCAACCACAAGUGCUUUGCAGCCACUUCCAUUGUGCUGUUUCUAAACAAAAAAGACCUCUUUCAAGAGAAAAUAGCGAAAGUUCAUCUGAGUAUCUGCUUUCCUGAGUAUGAUGGACUAAAUACAUUUGAAGAUGCUGGAAAUUACAUCAAGAAACAAUUUCUAGACCUGAACAUAAGGAAAGAAGAUAAAGAGAUAUAUUCUCACAUGACAUGUGCCACGGACACCCAAAAUGUCAAGUUUGUGUUUGAUGCAGUCACAGACAUAAUAAUCAAAGAAAAUCUGAAAGACUGUGGGCUUUACUAGCCAUUAAUUCCCUUGCUUAUAGCCUACCUUCAUCUCAGUCCAUUUUCCUUUCUUCAUCCUGUGUGCUGACUGAAAUAAAACAUUCUAGGGAGGAAACAAUAUCAAUUAAGCUUUUGUUAGCUGUCAGUUGAAGCCUUGGGUAUAGCCUGAUCAUUGCAAUCAACACUGACUUUCUGUAUCUCAGAAAAUUGAAAAAAUGUUUCUGCUCCACAGAGGUCCCAGCCACUGAUAAAUCCUGCCGGCAUCAAAGGGAAAUUUGUAUGUUAACCAAUAUGAUCUUUAAGUAAUCAGCACUUCUCAGGAAAUGGUAGACACUUCAGUAUCCUGUAUUUUCUAGUGAUGGG